GCUGACUGAGCAAUGCAUGGAUGCCUGGGGCGAGCCGCCCCGAAAGGUCGCGCGACCGUCGCGCGACCUUGACGACGCAUCCAGCAACCAACAUCCGCAUGUCAGCUGCCAGGAAACAGGGAAUUCACCAGCAUGUCGUCGAUGACAGUCGCGUCUGGAGGAGGGGGAAAACCAUCCAAAGGCGACCCCCCUCUCCCCAGCGACUGGCAGCACCCUUUGAUCCCUUCGCCAUCUGCAUUUGAGUUUGGCCCAAGCCAUGUCGAUGAUGUCCGCCAAACGCCAAUGUCCUGAGCAAAUCGCGAGUCGAGCCAGAGGCAACGGUUAUGAGAGCGGCAAACACGAGGAGCGCGACAGACAGAUAGGCGUUACGAAGUACUCGCCAAAGAUACUUGCCGAGCAAGACGCGGUCCUGCAUAUCUAUGCCGUGUGGGUAGCGGCCUCUUUUGUCGAGCUGUAUCUCCUCUAAUCGAUCCUCCAGAUGGAAUUGGAACAGAACGGACCCCCGAGACAGCUUCGACGAGUGCAGGAAGCGUGUCCUCUGCGUCGGGUCAAACGCGCCCGACAUCUUCGAGUUGAAGGACUUCUGGAGGUUCUACAAGGAUCAGUCGACUGGCAAUCUUGGCAAACACGCCAGUGUUGUUUCCCUCCUGGCUCGCGCGAAACAAUUCAACGCCGGCUAUAAACGUGUCACGGGAACGGGGAUCGAAAAUGAGACUGUCGCAGAGAUCAACCAUGUAGGUCUGCCUGCUUUUACAGCGUACAGAGCUGACCAACCCAUGCGCAGUGGUUGAGGCGAGUGCUGCCUCUCGAAGAGGGAAGCGGCGUCAAGAAUAUAACCAAGCCCAAGUACAACUACAAACCGGCGGACCUGGAGCGAAACCUGAAAGCUCUUUGGCAAUGCAAGGGCCAUGAUUUUGUCCAUCCGAGGACUCUGUUCCAGUUUCACUUCCUUCUCCUUCUCUUUUGUCAUAGUGGAGCUCGCAUAAGUGCACUUCUCAAGCCCGGGGUAAAGUACAAGGACAUUCAGCUCGUUCUGCGCCGAACGCCCAAGGGAGAUCCGGAACUUUUCUUCAAAGUUGACCAGCGACAUGUCAAGAAUAACCCAGACCCGGAGAACACGAAAUUUGGGGUUACCGGUCGAGAGCAUCACUUGCUCCGUUAUAACGCUGUCUUCUUCCUGCUGCAGCUUGCCUUCGUCGACGGCGCCUUGGACUGUGAACUCUUCCUCAAGAUUAUGCGAGGUAAGGGUGACGGACCCAUUCCUUGGCAUGAUGCCUGGCAAGACGUGCCUGUCUGCCGAGCGGUUGACCGACAGGGGGUCCUUCAUCCGACAAAAGCCAUGGGCGAAGGCGCCUUCAUGGGAAUCUUCAAGCGAUUGUUGGGCUCUGAGUAUAGCUACGACACGGUGUCGAUGCAUGCUAUUCGACGGGAACUCGGCAAGCAGCUUGAUGAACGAUAUACGGAGACCGAACGAUCGCAACACAUCUUGCACAAAGAUAACAAAAUAUUUGGCACGAGUUACGUUGCCUUCGUCUCAUCAUGCGAUGGGUUUGCCGCUUUCAUGCGAGAAAGUCCAGACCACUCGGUCAUCGAUUACUUCCAGGGACUGGGUCAAUUUUGGCAACCCAAUCUGCCAACCAGUUUGCCUGCUUCUUUGGAGAGGAAAGUGCUCGAACAUCCAGAGAUUGCCGCAUGCGAUCGACAGAUCCAGAAUGCGGUCGAUGAGGAGGCCAGGGCCAAAGCAAUGACUGCCCGACAGAACACCAUCAAACGGCACAGAAGAAGUGCUCUCAAACGACACAGGGUAGAGGCAAUGGAAGCAAAGCAGCACGAAAGGCUCCUGCACGGAGUUCCGUCAGAUGUGGACGAUGAUUACGAUUCGCUUGAUGACCUUAUCCCGGAGAAAAGCCGUCUUGCGCGGGCGAUGGAUGGCACCUCGGCCUUGAGCUGCGAUGAACAGCUGCGCUACAUGCGAGAUGCUCUGUUUUUGCUGGAGAACGACUGGAGUGUAUAUUACCGCCCAGGAGAAGAGCCCGAAAAAGGGACCUGUCGAUUCUGCCACAAGGCAUUGGCUAGCAUCAAGAAGCGAGACAGAUGUAAUCACGUUCAUCGGUGUCGGAAAUCCGCGACGGCCAAGCUCCUCGGUGUCCUCCAAUCCGAGGUGGAAUUCUGCUACUUCUGCAUGGAGUUCUUCCGAGCCGAUGAAUGGCAAGAACAUUGCCGUCAUCAUCUGUCAACAGUCAAAAAACGCUGCGGCGCAAUAACAUACCAGCAUACGCUGAUUCGACCGGCAUUCUGUCCUCUUUGCAUGCAGGCGGAAGACGCGCGCCCUAGCGUCAGACUGCAGUACUGGGAACGUGACGCCGAUGCUCGAAAACACGUCGAAUUGUGUCACGGAUGGAAAUGGACAUGCCGGGCCUGUGACUUCGUGGCUGACGGACCAGAGUCAGGGUAUAGCCAUCUGCACGAUGUGCAUCAUUACAACAUCCCAAAGCUUAACUUGGUUACGAAGACGAGACCUUCCACGGUGCCUGAAUCGGAGGCACUUCUCGAUCCAGCAACGGGUUCUGUUAGCAAAGCGGUCGGCUCCGACGUUGAGUCAUGGGAUCAGACCAUGAUCGACUUAAGCUCUCUUCCGAGCACACCUCCUUCGGGAGCGACAUCAUCGCCGAAGCACUCGCGCAACACAACAUCUAACUGUCUAGCACCGUCAGUGUUGAUGCAAUGCCCAGAUGCUGCAGCGGACGCGCCAAACAUGUCGACACAGCUCGUGGAACGCACCACAUCCCCUAACGAGUGCCCAACACCACUGCAGACGAUCGAUUCCUUUAUACCUGGUGAAGAACAUUUGCACCGGCGAUGCGACAGCAUCAGCCUCGGAGCCACCGACUGUGGGUCUGAGACUGCUUGGCCCGACCUCGGGGAUAGUUCGAGGCCAUCGUCACCGGCGACGGGCGAGAGUCCUCGCACUCCACCGAUGGAAUCGGCCACCGACUUCGCGUCAUACGCGUCAGAUGCACUGUUCGUGCUCGAUGCAAUGGAUGCGACCAUGACUGAUGACGAUGGCGAUUGCGGCACUCCGUUGCCAAGCAGUCCCAAGACGCUUCACAGUGGCUUAUCGCCAUCCACGCCAGUUAUCGCAUCCGCAAUUGCGGAUGAGGAACUCAAUGGACUCGCUCCAGAGGCGCCGCCGGUGUGCGCCCUUCAUGACGAACUCAAGCGGCCACGCAUCAAGCUGAGAGUCAGGCCAACGUCCGGCGGUGCACCUUGUUCGGUCACCAGCCGUCCACAGUCUGUUCUCUCACCCUCCACAGCCACAGCACGUCCACGAGUUCGAAUUACACUGAAGACCGGAUCAGUAAAGAGACGGAUGGCCCUGUAUCAAGUUGCAGGAUACAAGGAAGACGAAGGGAAGUCUCGUAAGAAGCGGAGGAUAGUGUUGAGAACGGGAUAGUGCGUUACUGCUAAUGGCUAGAAUUCGGUCUUUGAAGUUACCUGUAUGAAGGUAGGAAUCAAGCAGGUGCGCGGUGCAGCUGGUCUUGUCCUUGCUCAUGCUGGGGUCUGCACUAAGUGUUCUUGCUGCUACGAUUGACCGCUGUAUUUUUGCUGUCAUUCCUCUGGUCGGAAUCGGGGUGAAGAGAACCCAUUGCCAAUGGUCUUCCAUGAUCCAGGAACGGUAUACCCCUUCAGUCUCCCGUGUCCUUGGCGUAUCGCCUCCGUCCUGCCACUCCACGGCACAGGGGCACCGUCCCCAAGACACCCACUACAUAUGCCAAGGGGCUCCGGACCCGGGCGAACUUAUCAGGCUGGCUUCGUGCUGUAGCUCAGAGAGUAGAGCUGUGUCUCCCACGGUGAACACGCCCUCACGCUUCUCAAGCAUCAGGUCACACCACACCCUGGCGUCCCA